AUGUCCACUUCUGAAAGUGUCAUGCUCUCACAACUUAUUAGUGAGACGGAUGAACUACAAGGUCGUAACGCCAACAAUAAAGAUCUACUUUCUGCUUACCUAAGUGUCAAAAGACUGGUAAGUGUGAUGAAUUCAGUACGCAGGCACUCUUUUACAUCAGAGAACAAACCUACAGAAGUCAUAUCCGAAUACCACAGAAUACACAAAUCACUUUUGGACAUAGAGUUUGAGCUGAACUUGAAGAUCCGAUCACGCAAUGUACAGUGUUCACCUACUUCUGAGAUCGGUGAAGUCAGUGUCGAAAAGUCAAACAAUCGAGAACCAUUACACGCGAUUCAAAUCAUUUCCCCUGAAAAUGAUGAACCUAUUGAUUCUCUUCGGCAGCGAUUACUAUCAACGAGAAAUGAGCCCUCGCAAUUAGAUUCCAUCCACAGCGCUCAAAUUCAAAAUGAAAAGCACGAGUCAUUUCAACAAGAAAUGAUAGAGUCCUUGCCCUUGAUGGUAUCAUCGUUAAAGAAUCAGGCAUCGAAAUUUCAGCAGAUGCUUAAAGAGGACGCUGUUAUACUUAAAGAGGCAUCCGAGAAUUUCGAGUCAUCCAAAAGCGUAUUUGAUAAGGUCAACACCACCCUAUCAAAAUACCACCGCGAAGGUAGGCUUGGAUUAUGGUUUUACGUUCGUGUCAUCCUUUUCGUUUUCCUAGCAUUUGCGUUUUUCCUUUUUCUGAUUAGACUCAUUCCGGCAAGAUACUGA